AUGAAUGGAAAGAAUUCCUCAGUAAUUCACUUUCAAGCUCUGGUAAUGCUGAAAUAUAUUCAACUGAUCCUGUACCUGAAAUUACUAGGGAGUUUUAGAUCCAGGUUUGUUUCUGAAUACGACCGCAACUUCGAGCUAGGAAGUUACAGGUAGUUGAGCUUCCUCGACGCUUUUUGUCUUCCUGGCCGAAAGUUCUCACAUGUGUCCUAUAAUUAUGGGUGAAGUGAGGUCUUUUCUUUAUAACCAUUCCGUUUGGGACGCUAGAAAACCAAUUUUUAGCCUUAUUUUGUGUUUGAAAUAAAGGACCUCUAUCCUUUGUGCAAUUCAAGAUGGCGCGCACAUGUUAAUUUUUUUCAAGUGAAAUCCGACGUCGAUCUGAAAAGCUAAAAGUCUUGAAACUGUGUAAAUGGCCACAGUGGCAUGAUCUGUGUCUGAGGAAGAUUUCGGUUUGACUAUCACUUCAGUAUCAGCAGGAGAGGGUUGUGUAGAAUUCCAGUGGAAAAGAGAGGAAUUCAAUUCCAGAACAUGGAAAAGGUUUUCAAAUAAGGAACAGUAGAUGAUCCAUUAACCGUGCUUAAUGAGAAACUGCCACCUUUUAAAACAUAUUUAUAUCGAGAGGCAACAAUCAAAAUAGUUUGAGAUCAAAUUGAACACCUUUUGGCAGACCAAGCAGAAGUGCAAGUUAGUGCAGGGGAAAGACAUAUUUCUCUGUGUGCACAACAAAAGAAUGGAAUGACCUUAAUACUACUCUAAAAACAGUAUGGUCACUGGUAAAACUUAAAUGUCAUAAGUUUAAGAAUAUCCUUGAGAAACAGAAACAAAUUGAUCACUUUUGCUCUACGAAGCAUAAUGCAACUAUAAAAUUUCAAUUUGAAUUAUUCUUAAUAUUUUUUAACAACAGUUUUAUCCAUGCAUUUCUAUAUUAACAUUUUGCUUAAAUAUCUUUCUCUUCCCGUCAUUGGCUAA